UAUAUACUCAAAAGACAAUAGUAUGCAAGACCACUUAAAACUACCAAGAUCAUAACAUGGAAUACGACGCUACACGAAGUGAUGAUUGUGUCAAUUUCCCAGAAAAGUUAGGCAUAUUAUUAUUGCUAGUUUGCAUGUUUAUCGAUGCAUGGGUCUUGUGCUACCUCGAUUUUUUCAUGGGAGUAGCAAAGAGAGAAGCUUUUUCCUUCACCAUCACCUUCUUUACUACUUGCUUAAACACAGAAUUGCUUACGCUUUUAUCAUUUAGUUUAUUCCUUUUGAGUAUCUUAUUUCAGGAGUGUUAUAUUUCUCUCUUUAUUACGCAUUCAGAAAAGCGCACUAUACUUGUGAAUGUUUAAGAAUUUGGCUGUCAUUGUAAAGUGUUUAGUCACUGUGUUAGAAUAACUUUUAAGCUGUAAAGGUAAAACAGCAUCUGCUUUUUUCUUCAUUACUGAAAAUCCUUAAGUGGAAUUGCUUCAUAAACUGUAAGGCUCACUGAAAGGUACUCCAUCAAUCGUUCGUUUUCGGUCAAAAGAAAAGGAAUAAAACAAGAACGAAGGCUUAAUUUGCACGCUUCCUAAUCCUGAAGAAUUAAAGCUGGUUUCAGUUGCCUUGAAGCUCAAGCAUUUUCCCGUGUAAAGAUAAAUAAAAGACCCAGUUUUGCAGUUGUACCAAUCCAAUCAAAUAUGUUGAAUUUCUGUGGCUCUUAUUCAUUUAUCCGGGUUUUGUUUUCCUUUGUCUCUUGGUUAUUUGGAGGACUGAAAGGUGCAGAGGAAAAACCUACGACUGACAACAAUGAUCCUACGAUUGACAACAAUGAUCCUAAGAUCAAGCAUGAUGUUUUUGUUAGCUUCAGAGGCAAGGAUGUCCAUCGCGGCUUUCUUAGCCAUUUGACUGAAGCUUUUCAAAGGAGAAACAUAGAUGCCUUUGUAGCUGAUAACAAUCUAGAGAAGGGAGAAGAAAUAUGGCCAUCACUUGUUGAAGCAAUUGAAGGAUCAUCCAUUUCAUUGGUCAUAUUCUCACAAAACUAUGUUUCUUCUCGUUGGUGUUUAGAAGAACUCGUGACAAUACUUGAAUGUAGAGAGAAAUAUGGAACUAGUGUUUUACCUGUUUUCUACUAUGUAGAACCCACAUAUGUACGACAUCAAUCCGAGGUGCAACGCUGGAGACGUGCUUUGAAAUUGGCUUCUCGUUUAGCGGGAAUUAACUCAUCAAAAUUUUCGGGUGAUGCUGAACUAGUUAAGGAAAUUGUCAAUGAAGUGCUCAAGAGAUUGGUUAAACAGUCAAUUAACACAAAAGGGCUCGUUGGAAUUGAUGAAAAAAUUGCAGCUAUAGAAUCACUGAUGACAGAGGAGCCAAAGCAAACCAGACUUAUUGGAAUUUGGGGUAUGGGAGGUAUUGGCAAGACAACUCUUGCAGAAGAAGUAUUUAAUAAACUACAAUCUGAAUACGAAGGUUCCUAUUUUGCAGCCAGUGAAACAGAUCGAUCAAACAAACACGAGCUAAUUUCCUUGAAGGAAAAAAUGUUUUCUAAGCUAUUAGGAUAUGAUGUCAAAAUCGAUACACCAAAUUCAUUGCCCAAAGGUAUUGUCAGGAGAAUUGGUUGUAUGAAGGUUCUUAUUGUUCUUGAUGGUGUGAAUGAGUCCGAACAGCUGGAAAAACUGCUGGGAACUCUCGAUAAUUUUGGAUCAGGUAGUAGAAUAAUUGUAACAACUAGAGAUGAACAAGUGCUGAGGGCUAACAAAGCAGAUAAGAUAUACCAGCUUAAAGAAUUCAAUUUUGACAAAGCCCUUGAACUUUUCCAUUUGAAUGCCUUUAAAACAAAUGAUCAUGUGCAGGAAUACAAAGAGCUUUCUAAAAGGGUGGUUGAUUAUGCCCAAGGCAUUCCAUUGGUUGUGAAAGUUUUGGCUGGUCUUCUUCAUGGAAAAAAUAAGGAAGAAUGGGAAAGUAUGUUGGGAAAGCUUAAGAAAAUGCCUCCUAAAGAAGUUUAUGAAGUAAUGAAACUGAGUUAUGAUAGUCUAGAUCGCAAAGGGAAACAAAUAUUUCUUGAUCUUGCAUGUUUCUUUCUCAGAACUCAUGUAGCUGUGAAUGUGGAUUAUCUGAAGUCUUUAUUGAAAGAUGAUGACAGUGAUAAUUCUGUGGCUUUUGAGUUGGGAAGGUUGAAAGACAAAGCUCUCAUAACUAUAUCUGAUGAUAAUACUGUAUCUAUACAUGAUAGUUUACAAGAAAUUGCGUGGGAGAUUGUUCGCCAAGAGUCUGUUGAGCACCCUGGAAAUCGCAGUCGGUUGUGGGAACUAAAUGACAUUUGUGAAGCAUUGAAAAAUGACAAGGUUAAAGAGGCUAUUAGAAGUAUAAGAGUUCACUUGCCAACAAUUAAGGAGCAAAAGUUAGUGCCUCAAAUUCUGGAAAUUAAUAUGAGCAAACUAAAAUUUCUGGAAGUUUUUGUAUGUGAUCGCUAUGAUGAACUUACUCUUCUUAAAGGGCCACAAUUUUUGGCAACUGAGCUAAGAUUUCUUUCUUGGUAUCAAUACCCUCUGAAAUCAUUGCCAGAGAAUUUUUCUGCAGAGAAACUUGUAAUAUUGAAGUUGAGAAAUGGCAGAAUGGAAAAACUUUGGGAUGGAGUGAAGAAUAUGGUGAAUUUAAAACAAGUUGACCUUAGUCGAUCACAAAAUUUAAAGAAGCUACCAGAUCUAUCAAAAGCCACAAAUCUAGAAGUCCUUCUUCUUAUGAGUUGUUCUUCGUUGACUAGUGUUCAUCCAUCUAUUUUCUCUCUGCCCAAACUUGUGAAAUUGGACCUUCUUUGUUGCACAUCUCUCACCACACUCGGUAGCAGUUCCUCUUCAUGCAACCUCAGUUUUCUCAACCUUGGUAGGUGUACCAAUCUAAGGAAAUUCUUGCUGAUAUCAGAGAAUAUAAAAAAGCUUAGAUUAGGGAACACCAUGGUGAAAGAAUUACCCUCAUCCAUCAGCAAUUUUAAUCAACUGCUACACCUUGACAUAAGCUUUUGCAGCAAGCUUCGAACUAUUCCAAAGCUUCCCUUAUCACUUGAAACUCUGAAUGCCAGAGAAUGCCAAUCUUUGAAGACUAUAUUGUUUCCUUCACCGGCUGUUGAACAAUUAAAGGAGAACAGGAAAGGCAUUCUGUUCUGGAAAUGCACGAACUUGGAUAAUCAGACUCUGGUGGCUAUUGGGUUGAAUGUUCAAAUGAAUGUGAUGAAUUAUGCAAACCAGCACAUAUCCACACCAUGUCACAAUCAUGUUGAACAUUGUGAUGAUGAUAAUUGUGAUUCUUAUUCAGGUGUUUAUGUGUAUCCAGGAAGUAGAGUUCCAAAGUGGUUGGAAUAUAAGACAAGAAAGGAUUCUAUAAUUAUUGAUCUCUCUUCUGCUCCACCUUCCCUUCUCAUUGGCUUUAUUUUCUGCUUUGUUCUUGGUAAGUACCAUAACACAGAUGUUGAUAGAUUUGAAGUGAUGAUCACUAUUGAUGGCGAGGACGAAGGUAAAAAUAUCAGUGUUCCGAUUUACAUAGAUUAUGGCUAUGAGAAAACUGAAUCAGAUCACGUGUGUGUGAUGUAUGAACAAAGAUGUUCUACCUUCUUAAACAACAGAGCCAAAAACCAAACAAGGUUUAAAAUCCAGGUUACAGUGGAAGAAGCACUCUCACACAAGUUUUUGAAAGGAUUUGGCGUUAGCCUUAUAAACCGCUCAACAUAUAAAAAUUUCAUUCAGGAAAUGCAAUUGCGAGAGUCACAGUAUCAAUUUCGUUAAACAAAUGAAAUUUGGCUGUGCUUCAUGUUGAUCCAGCUUCAGGGGUGAAGAUAUCCGCGAUGGGUUCCUUAGCCAUUUGACUGAGGCUUUUGAUGUGAAGAAAAUAAAUGCCUUCGUAGAUGAUAAGCUUGAGAAGGGGGAAGAACUAUGGCCAUCACU